AAAAGUUCUUCCUUCCGACAGGACACAAACGAAGUCCGACAGAAAAAGUUCUUCCUUCCGACAGGACACAAACGAAUGUCCGACGUCCCACCAACCGAGCCGAUUCCCAAACCAGAAGAACCGACAGCCCCAGCGCCACAACAGUCUCCUCAGCAAGUCCCUCACCAAAUUACUACAAUUUCCACCUCAAGGUUACUACCAAUUUCCACCUCAAGGUUACUACCAAUUUCCACCUCAAGGUUACUACCCCCACAAGGCUUCCCGAACUACCCUCCUCCUCAGCCUAUGCCUUACU